CGAUUUAGCAUUCCCCCAGGCUUCAGGCAUACGGGAGCCAGAUACAGAGCCAGAUACUCAGCAGCACAGUCUACGGUCGCAGUCCACCGUUGUCAGUCUCCAGUCGCCAGUUACUGUUACUCCCACCCGCAUGCCAACAUGAUGGCCAGUCUACAAGUCGCCAAGAGGGACCUCCGGCGUCGGAUGCGGGAUGCUCUGCAACAGAUCCCCGCGGACUCGAUCGCGCAUCAAUCCCAAACCGCCACCGCCCGACUCCUGUCGCGCCCGGAAUACCAGGCUGCGAAGCGGAUCGGCGUGUAUCUGUCCAUGCCGGCGGGCGAGCUCUCCACGACGGCGAUAGUGCAGGACGCCUUGGCCAGCGGCAAGGAAGUGUUUGUGCCGUACAUCCACAGCCUGGAGAUCUCGUCGCAGGCCAAGACCUCGGUCAUGGACAUGAUGCUGCUGGACUCGAUGGACGAGUUCCGCGCCCUGGUGCCGGACCGGUGGGGGAUCCCGUCGCUGUCGGCGGCUCAGGUGCUCAACAAGCGGAACUGCUUCGGGGGGAAAGGCGUGUCGCCCCAGCCGGAGGAUGCUACGAAGGGACCUUACGGGCUGGAUCUGAUCGUGAUGCCGGGCAUGGCGUUCGACCAGGGGUUUAGGAGAUUGGGCCAUGGGAAAGGGUAUUAUGAUCAUUUCCUGACAAGGUACUCAACGGGUGCGGAGAGCACCAUCACCGCGCCAAAGCUGCCUUCGCUGGUUGCCCUCUGCCUCCACGAGCAAAUGCUGGCUCCGACCGAAGAGAUACCCGUCGCGGAUCACGACUGGCCCGUAGACGUUGUGAUAGUCGGCGAUGACCGGUGCCUCGUGUGCCCACGCUGAUACAAACGAUAUUCCUCAUCCAGAUCCUCAAUCUCCCCCCUCCAAUCCACAAAAAAAGCGAGCCUUCUCACAGCCAUGUUUUCAUCUAUUGCGAUAAAUGUGCAGAUAAUUGUUACUCCAGCGACGACCCGUAAAAAGCGAU